CCUCUCCCUCUCCCUCUCCCUCUCCCUCUCUCCUUCUUUCUCUCUCCCUCCGUCUCUAUCUUCCCUCUGUCCUUGCCCUAUCCUUGUCCUCCCUGGCUUUCUCUGUGGUCGCAAGGGUGGGUGAUCACGAUCACGAUCACGAUCACGAUCACAAUCACAAUCACAAUCACGAUCACAAUCACGAUCACGAUCACGAUCACGGCCACGGCCACGAUCACGACCACGACCACGAUCACGAUCACGGCCACGAUCACGACCACGAACAAUGCAUACACAUGGCUGGUUGACUCACAGCACGGAUACCAACAGGCAGCGAGAAGGAGACGAGAGUGGACGGCUGAGAGGCAUGCCAAAGUCAUCGGAUAUGGCAGGACGGCCAAAGGCCAAGGACAAAGACAAGGACAAGUCCAAGUCCAAGACCAAGGACAAGGACAAGGCCAAGUCCAAGGCCAAGGACAAGGACAGGUCCAAGGCCAAGGACAAGGACAAGGAAAAGUCCAAGGCCAAGGACAAGGAAAAGUCCAAGGCCAAGGACAAGGAAAAGUCCAAGGCCAAGGAUAAGGAGAAGGCCAAGGAUAAGGCGACGUCGAGCAAGCGCGAGCGUGGUAAGGCCAAGGACAAGUCCAAGUCUAAGGAGAAGCGGCGAAAGGACGAGGAGCUGCCGCCGGCUUCAACCUUGUACGACACAGCGCUGAUCAAGGAGUUUGUGUCGACGCCGGUGGAGGAGCUGCCGGCGUCGGAGCUCUCGGGCUUCCUCUCGCGGUACGGAGCCGAGCGCCGAGUGUGGAAGUCCAAGUGGGUCCACAUCCGCCUGCCCAAUGCCACGCUGUACACGUUUCGGUCGCGGCAGCCCGAGCAGGAGACAGGCAUCAACUACCACGAGGCCCAGGAUAAGAUCCGCCUGGCGACAGCGUCGGUCCACGAGCUUGCCGAGUCUGAGGGCGGACGCAAGUGGGCGUUCAUCCUGCGGACGCCCAAGCGCGACCUCUGGCUGGCGGCGCGCAACUCGAAGGAGAGUGCCAAGUGGAUGGACCUGAUCACUCGAGUCGGAAGUGCUGCCGCCGGGCGCCGCUCAGGCUCCUCGGCACCGUCGCCGUCGAUCCGGUCGAACCACCUCAUGGCUGGCUCGGCCCAGUCAGGCUCCAAUCUCCGCAACCUUGCGGCGCGGAACAACACAGAGGCACAGGUCGAGGUUGCCGAGCCAUCGUCACCCGACACCGUGCCGGCGGACAUGGACGACCUCAUGCACAUUUCACGGACCGAGAAGAUUUCCGAGAUCACGUUGACGACGUCGGCAGGAAAGGUUGUGCGCGACAAGUCGGAGCGGACAAAGAUCGAGGACUUUAAGCAGGUCUCUGUCAUUGGACAGGGCGCGUUUGCCAAGGUCCUUCUCGUCAAGCGGCGCGGGACGAGCAAGUACUACGCCAUGAAGAUCAUUUCACGGCGCAAGCUGCGCAAAAAGAUCCAGAUCGAGCACACCAAGGCCGAAAAGGAGAGCCUGGUCAUCAUGGACCACCCGUUUGUCAUCAAGCUCCACUAUGCCUUCCACACCGCAGACAAGCUCAUGCUCGUCCUUGACUACUGCAAUGGCGGCGAGCUCUUCUACACUCUCGAGACGUACGGCCCAUUCACCGAGGUGCAGACCCGGCUGUACACCGCCGAGCUCUCGCUCGCCCUCGGCUACCUCCACUCACAAUCGAUCAUCUUCCGCGACCUCAAGCCCGAGAACAUCCUCCUCGACUCGGGCGGCCACAUCGUGCUCACCGACUUUGGCCUCGUCAAGAAGCUUGAGAACCCGGACGCCAAGACCUCGACGUUCUGCGGAACCGCCGAGUACACUGCGCCCGAAAUGAUAGAGGGCAAGCCGUACGGCCGCCAGAUUGACUGGUGGGCCCUCGGCAUCCUGGUCUUUGAAAUGAUGGCUGGCGACUCGCCGUUCCCGCGCAACAAGGACAACGCGUCGCGCCAGGACGUGUACGACGCCAUCCUCAAUGAGCCGCUCAUCUUUGACGACAUGCACGACAUCUCGCAGGCCGGCCGCGACUUUAUCUCUCGCCUCCUCGACCGCAACGCCACCUCCCGCCUUGGCUCGGGCUCGUCCGACGUCGAGGAGCUCAAGACUCACGCGUUCUUCACCUCGCUCAACUGGGAUGAUGUCUUUGCCAAGCGGACCGAGCCGGUCUACAUUCCCUCGGUCCGCGCCGCCAAUGACCUCUCCAACAUCGAUGACGACUUUCUCCGCAUCUCCAUCCAUGAGUCCAACGUCUCGGUCCGUUCCGAAGACUCAGAUGGCCUCUUUGACAACUUUUCUUUCUACGGAUCGGUCAUUGCCGCCCCCACCAAGACCGGCGCGACCUCCACCUCAUCUGCAGAAUACCGCCAGUACGCCGACGAUCUCAUCUUCUCUGACGCCCCCACCGCCUCGGGCGGAAACGUCAUCCAGUGAGUUGUCCCCAACACCACCGCUGGCCCGCCCCGCCCCCCAUCGCACCACCCACCCACACCCACACCCACACCCACACCCA